GUGCCAGAGCUGGCUGGGUUCUGGCUGAUCUCCUUCCUGUUCCAGCUGCCCAUCCUACUCUUCUUCCUGACUGACGAGGACAUCAUCAUCCUCCCUCUGGAGAGGGCCGUCCACUCCAUCUACCUCCUCUUCAUCCUCUCAGAGCUCCUGGCUUCCUUCUUCGCCCUCAGGUAGGAUGAUGUACUGUAUAUGCCAUUUAGCAGACGCGUCUAGCGCCAUGCUUUAUCAACUGAGCCAUAUGGGAGCCAUCACAGAGGAGUGUCUAUGGAAAGCUGAUGUAUAGCUAUACUGUGAGUAGCAAAACAUUGUCAAAUCAAUCAAUCUCAUGCAGAGCAGGUAAAGCAGAACAAAGUCUCUGUUUACCUUUCAAUGGUCAUGGCAUCUGUUCAGGGACAAUCAUCCAUAUGUAAUAUUUUCCUAUUCUCACUCUUCUUCUUCUUCUUCUUCUUCUUCUUCUUCUUCUUCUUCUUCUUCUUCAUUCUUCUUCUUCUUCUUCUUCUUCUUCUUCUUCUUCUUCUUCUUCUUCUUCUUCUUCUUCUUCUUCUUCUUCUUCUCCUUCUUCUUCUUCUUCUUCUUCUUCUUCUUCUUCUUCUUCUUCUUCUUCUUCAUCAUCUUCUCCCUCAGGGCCAUGACCAGGAAGUUAACCCUGCUAUUCCACCUCAGGCAGUUUGGGGAGGUGGAAAACCUUGACCAUCACCACCUCCACCACCUCCACCAUCACCACCUCCACCACCUCCGCCCAGCGGGGAAGAGCCCAGCCUUCGGCAUGCCAAAUUAUGGGAGGACUGUUCUGCCAAUGCCGCCAUACACCAAUAACGUUCACAGUCACUGA